AUUGCAUUGCAGCAAAAAUACUUGUGGUGUCAAGAAAAAUAAACUAAUUUAAACGUUUUAUAUGUACAUAUUUUGAAAAUUGGAGAAAUGGCAAGGAAAUUUAUUUUUGAAGACGAAUAUCUUCAUAAUGAUUUCACUUUAGAAUAUUGUUAUGAAAAUGUUUUGCAUAAUCCAAUUGGAUUAAAAACCGAGGAAUUUUUAAAUCUAAAAUGUUUAUUCAAUUCGUUUUUGAUAAACAAUUGUAUCUGCAAGCAAGAUUGUUUGCAAAACUGCGGUCACAGCCAAAAUUACCUAUUUUCAGAAGAAUACGACGAAUUACUUUUGAAUAAGGAUCGUGUUAGCAGGGAUAUAAUAUACGAGUGCUCAGAAAAUUGCCAAUGUUCAAGUGAUUGCGGAAAUCGUUUAGUUCAAUAUGGGCCAAGGGCUGGAUUAAUUGUUAAGCCUUCAAAAAUAAUUUCAAAUGAAGAAGGACUAUUUACAUCAAAUUGCAUACCGGUUGGAGGAUUUAUCUGCGAAUAUGCUGGAGAAAUAUUAACAAGAUCAGAAGCCUUGAAAAGAGAUAGGUAUCAAGAGUCAAACCGGAUAUUAAACAAAUUAGGACAACAAAUUUUUAAAAAUUAUAUUAUAUGUUUGAAGGAAAAACGUUUACAAUGUGAGAAUGGAGAAGUCUUAGAAACAUUUAUAGACCCAAGUAAAGUUGGUAAUAUAGGCCGCUAUAUAAAUCAUAGUUGUGAUCCUAAUUGUGAUAUAAUAAGCGUGCGAAUUGAUUGUCCUAUUCCAAAAUUAGCUGUAUUCGCAAAGCGCAACAUAAAAGCUAUGGAAGAGUUGUUUUUUGAUUAUGGAGAAGGAUUUAUAAACGAAGAUUCAUCUUUUAGUCCAGUCAAAUGUUUGUGCAACACUGAAAAGUGUAGAAAAAUUCUUCCUGCAUUUUGCUAUUGAGUAUUAAUAUCCUUAUACAAUGAAAAAAGUGCUUUUAAUUUUUUAUCAAUUUAUAUUAGGCAGGAAUAAAUAUAUGUGAGAUAAAGUUUUUUCAACUUUUGUAAAGUAAAAUUUUGUCUUAAAAACUUUUAAAAUGUUAAAGCUUUUAAAACAUACAUAUUUUUUUUUUGUUAUAUUUGUUAUUUUUCAAAAACAUUUUCAUCAACAAUUAUUUUUUGAAAACUUUUUAAUUAAAAACAAAACAAAACGGUUUCACAA